AUGUUAAGAGAUUCUCAACAAGUUAAGAGUCAAAACCUGAGAUGGAAAGUCAGUUGCAGUGUUUUUUCCCUCUCACCUUUGGAAGGCCAAGUAAAGCAUGGUUUGUUGGCAGACACUACAAAGCUUCCUUAUCUUGAAAAGAGCCUGCCUCAGAUAACAAAAAAGAGCCUGCAGAAUGUCCUCCCCUCUCUUCAGGAAAACGAAACUCAAGGUCAUUUUUUGCAAUUUAACCUUCUGAACAGUCUUCCUGAAGGUGAUACCAGAGCCCACACCAAACCAUCAGAACUGGAAAGCAUAAGCACCAGUGUCAGGCUGCCUAUGACAGCAUCAGAAGCCUUGAAAUAUUUUAGAAACCAUUUAACAGUCUAUGAGCAAAAAGAAAUUUUCAACUAUACAGACCUAUGGUUUCUUGGACUGGAAGCUAAAAAGAUUGAAGGUUUACCUGAAACACAAAAUAAUUGUUAUGAUGAUGAACAUGGUUCCUACUUAAAGGUUUUACAUGACCAUAUUGCAUACCGAUAUGAAGUGCUUGAGGUCAUUGGGAAAGGGUCAUUUGGACAAGUGGCUAAAUGUAUGGAUCAUAAAACCAAUGAAUUAGUGGCAGUGAAAAUUAUAAGGAAUAAGAAAAGAUUUCACAGCCAGGCUUUGGUGGAAGUGAAGAUUCUUGAUACUCUUCUGAAAAAGGAUAAAGACAAUACUCACAAUAUCAUCCACAUGAAGGAGCACUUCUACUUUCGCAAUCACUUCUGUAUUUCCUUUGAACUGCUGGGAAUAAAUUUGUACGAGUUGAUAAAAAAGAACAAAUUUCAAGGUUUCAGUUUGUCUUUAAUUCGACGCUUCACUCAGUGUGUGCUGAGAUGUUUACAAGUGCUCUACCAGGAAAGAAUCAUUCACUGUGAUCUGAAACCUGAGAACAUAUUAUUAUACCACAAAGGCCAAGGUUCAGUUAAAGUUAUUGAUUUUGGAUCAAGCUGCUAUGAACACCAAAGAGUGUACACAUAUGUUCAGAGCCAAUUUUAUCGCUCCCCUGAAGUGAUUGUUGGUCAUCCUUAUGCUAUGGCUGUUGAUAUGUGGAGUCUUGGCUGUAUAAUGGCUGAGCUUUACACAGGCUACCCACUGUUUCCAGGAGAAAAUGAAGUUGACCAAUUUGCCUGCAUCAUGGAGGUAUUGGGUCUUCCACCAGCUGAUUUUAUCCAGGCUGCAUCAAGAAGGCGUACAUUCUUUGAUUCCAAAGGUUUGCCCAGAUCUAUAACUAACAGCAAGGGGAAAAAGAGAUUCCCAAACUCCAAGGAUCUAAGUACAGUGUUGAAAACUCAUGAUGCUGCUUUCCUGGACUUUCUAAAAGAAUGCCUAAUGUGGGAACCUGCCCUGCGUAUGACUCCAGACGAGGCAAUGAAGCAUGCAUGGAUCCAGGAACCAAAAGCAUUCAGAGCAAGACAGAGAACACAGAUUUCAAGGAAGAUGAGCGAUGGCUCUUCCUUUACACCAGAAAAGAGAAAAGAGAAUAUUCAAAAUAUCUGUCAAAUCAGCAUUGACAAAGUGAAAAGUGAACUGGCUGAAAGACUGACUCCCAUUGUGCCCUCCACAGGCUCAAUAGAAAAUAAACUGCAGAACACAAGCAAACCUGUUAUUCCAGAGAAGCAACUGAAGACUCAAAUGGAAAAGUCUGUCAAAAAAACCCAAGCAGAACAUACUGGUGACACAGCUCUUCAAAAGAAUUCUUUUUUUUUCCCAUCAAUUAAGUAA